AUGAGGUUUUCGUUAUUUCUACUCUAUUUGCUGGCGGUUGUGAACUCUUUGGUGCUGCCCCUGGACUUCGCAGCCGGAAGAGCCGCCAGCCACGAAUCCGCCGUCCAGAGCCAGCCGGGCUUUUUGCAACUGAUAAAGGAAUGGAUUGCCAUAUUUUCCACUAGAGAAGUUGCUAGUGCCAUUCCCCGUGGCAGUUUUGAGAGCUGGCUUCAGGAGCAGGAGAAGAUCUCCUUUGAGAGCAUCCUCCAGAACAUCGGCGGGUACGGCGAGUUUGCGCAGAACGUCUCCAUAGGCGCCGUGAUUGCGUCUCCAUCCCAGACAAGGCCCAAUUAUUUCUACCAAUGGACUAGAGAUAGUGCUCUGACUGUUAUGUCGCUGGUGGAAUAUCUUGACGACCACGAGCUUCAGGACUACGAAUUUGGCUUAUGCGGUCUGGUGGAGUCCUACAUUGAAAACCAGUACCACGUGCAGAGACUGGCCAACCCUUCAGGAACCUUUGAGGAUCUGACGGGUUUGGGCGAGCCUAAAUUUAUGGCUAAUGGUGAAGCAUUUGUCGACCAUUGGGGAAGACCCCAGAGAGACGGACCAGGUCUCAGGGUCAUCACCGUGUUGGGCUACCUCUCGUUGCUGACCAAAUAUGAAGGUAACUUCCAACACGAGUUUUUCACCAGUCAUGACGACUCCUUCCGGUUUGUUUACGAUGAGAUUGUGAAACCCGAUUUGCAGUAUAUUGUCCACCAUUGGGCCUCUCCAGGUUUUGAUCUGUGGGAAGAAGUUAACUCCUUGCACCUCUUCACCAGUCUGACCCAGCUGAAGGCCCUGAAGCUCGGAAUGACGUAUGCUCUGGCAUAUAGCGAUAGUGAGUUCUACGCGGUGUUGACAACUGCCUACAAUGCGCUCAACUUCUUCAUCCAGGUAGACUCCGGCUACAAAACCGGUAACCUGCCAUUUUUGAUAGAGACUCCGACUCUUUUGCUGACUGGCAAGAGAAUCGGCCUAGAUAUAGCAUCCAUUCUUGCUUCCCUUCGCGCUCACGAUGUUGACGAUGUUGGUGAUGCACUUGAUAUCCCGUUUGCUGUUGACGAUCCGGUCGUACUCAACACGCUUACUGCCAUGGUCAACGAUAUGAAGUACAGGUAUCCUAUCAAUCACAACAGACUGGGAUUUGGCACUGGCUUUGCUCUGGGAAGAUACCCAGAGGACGUUUACGAUGGAUAUGGCACCACAGAGGGAAACCCCUGGUUUAUUGCCACAGCUUCGGCUUCGGAAUUGGUGUACAAGAUCCUCUACAAGCUGUACAAGUACGAGAACGACCUUUACAUCCCUAUUGGUUUGAGGGAGUUCUACCAGCCAUUUUUCGAAUUUGAGAUCAAGCAGGACAUGGUAGUUCCAUUUGGCUCAGACGAGUUUCACAUGGUUGCAGACGGCCUUAUCAAAUACGCGGACUCCUUCAUGGAUGUGAUCAGAGAGCAUGUUGACAACAACGGCCAUAUGAGCGAGCAAUUCAACAAGUAUUCCGGCUUCAUGGAGGGAGCCGAGGAUUUGACCUGGUCAUACAGUUCAUGUUGGAGUUCCAUGAGAUGGCGAAACAAAGUGGUCAAGCUCAUGGAGAGAUCCUGA